AUGGCCGCGGUAACAACGUUCACUGCACUGCUAGAUCCAGCUCCUUUACGGAUUGCUGCCGUUUUUCCUGUGUUGGGGGCCGCGUUCCACCAGUGCAUUCGUACCAUUGAGAUUGAUAAUAGAGUCAAGUCACUAUUGGCCCUAUACGUGGUAGCUUGGCUGUCACUGUGCAUUGGUUAUUUCCAUGUUUACACCCUUAGUGUCCCUGUUGCAAUUGGAUGCGCCCUACUUGCAGCAUGCUGCUUCAACCUCGGGCUCACAACAAGCAUCCUUCUCUACCGGGCUUUCUUUCAUCGCCUCCGACGCUUCCCCGGGCCAUGGAGUGCCAAAUUGAGCCGGCUAUCCACGGUGAAGCGGGUCGCAAAGCAGACCCAGUACCACUUGGAUCUUGUGGCAAUGCACAGCAGGUACGGUGAUUUUGUCCGUACUGGACCCCGUGAGAUCUCGAUCAAUCGGCCAGCGGCCGUGAUUGCCAUCAAUGGGCCCCAGUCGAACUGUACCAAGUCCCCCUGGUAUAGCCAUGUGUCCGAUGACAAGACUCAAGUUUCAUUGAACUCUACUCGUGACCCAGAUGUGCACCGUCGCCGACGGAAGGCUUGGGAUCGAGGAUUCAGCACCAAGGCCCUGGCGACGUACGAACCAAGCGUCCAGCGCAAAAUCAACGUCUUGGCCUCCCAGAUCCGCGCCAGAAGGAACCAACCGCUCGAUAUCUCGCAGUGGACUAUGUUCCUAGCUUUUGACAUCAUGGGUCUGGUCGGCUUUUCAAAAGACUUUCGCCAACUUGAAGACGGCGCCGAACUUUCCGCAAUCAAGGAGCUUCACGGGCAGAUGUUGUUCCUCGGUAUUCUGAAACCCAUCCCCUGGAUGUUGACUGUCAUUGGUGCCGUCCAAGGUCUGAUGGGUAACUACGGUCAGUUUAUGGUCUACUGUGCGGACAGAAUAGCCGAGAAGAAGAAGCAAUGGAGCCUGGAAAGCGAUAAGUACCCCAAGGAUGUCAUCUCCUGGCUCUUGAAGGCUAUCGACGAGAACGACAAAUGUGCUCCACCAGGCGAUCAAGCUCUUAAUGAAGAUGGCCGUCUCAUGAUGAUCGCCGGAAGUGACACUGCCGGCGUAUCUAUAGCCCACGCGCUGUACUACCUCGCUCGCACCCCUUCUGCAUGCAAUGCCUUGCAGGCAGAGCUCGACAACGCCUUUCCAAACUCCACCAAUGCCUCCACAUUCAGUAAUGACGAGCUCCGCAAGCUUCCCUACCUCGAAGCCGUCAUCAACGAGACUCUCCGCCUGAAACCGGCUGUUCCCAGCGGCCAGCCCAGGGUCACUCCUCCAGAGGGCCUGCAAGUCGAGGAAGUCUGGAUUCCCGGGGAGACCAUCGUCUUUGUCCCGCAAUAUGUCAUCCAGCGCGAUGAGCGUUACUUUCCCUCCGGUACAGAGUUUAUCCCGGAGCGGUGGCUCGAUAAGAAGGAGAAGUUGAUUGCGGAUGAGGAUGCGUUCUUUCCGUUCCAACUAGGUCGAUACAGCUGCGUCGGAAAACAGCUGGCCCUCAUGGAACUUCGGGGCACGGUUGCCCGCCUCGCGUACGAUUUCGACAUCUCCUUUGCAGAUGGGGUAGAUGGGGUGUCGUUUGAUACCAGUUCUAAGGAUACCUUUACUGUCACUAUUGAAUCUUUGGAUUUGGUCUUUAAGGAGCGGGUGCGGGCGUAG